AUGCCUCCAUCCAGGCCUCUUCCAACAGUCCAUCGGUCUGUCGAGCUCAUCCCAUCAUCGGAUCCAACAAGCAAUGUCAGAGUCAAUCAGACCGCCGCAGUACCUCCCAUUCCCAGAUCUGGCACCUACACACUCAUCCGCAUCCUCAACACUUCUCUGAAUCCAGUUGACUACAAACUCGCCUCUCUUCCACAGCCUCUGCCACGCCUACUUGUUGGUGCCUCACCUCACACUCCAGGUCUGGACUUCGUCGGACGUGUCUGGGACACGAACGAUUCCCGCUUGAAGGGUGGUGAUAUUGUAUGGGGUUAUGUUAGCGGCUCCAGCCGAGAUGGCGCUGCUGCAGACUUUCUCGUCGUGAAAGGUCAGGGCUGGGGUGGUAAGAUUCCAGAUGGAUGGCUAGAGAUGAGCUCAAGAACGGGAAGGUCAUUAGCCGAAUUCGGAGCUUGUGGAGUGGCUGUCUAUUCGGCCUUACAGCCUCUGUUGUCCGGUGACUUGGGAUUCUCCAGAACUUGGAAGGCUGGUGGCUCGAACCGAGCUUCUGGCAAAGGAGGAAAAGUUUUCAUCAAUGGUGGCAGUGGAGGAGUAGGAACAUUCGCUGUACAGCUAGCGAAACAUUGUUUCGGCUGCGAUGCUGUCGUGGCGUCUUGCUCAGGCGCAAAUGCAGAUCUAGUGAAGAGCCUGGGCGCCGACGAAGUCAUUGACUACCGAAGCGUGAACGUGGUGGACGCCCUCAAGCAAUACGUCGCGAAGAAUGGGGAAUUCGAUCUCGUAGUCGACAACGUCGGCAGCGUGGACCUCUACUGGAACUCUCACCACUUCCUCAAGAGCGGCUCUGCAGGUGGAAAGUUCAUCAUGGUAGGCGCGACAAUCAGCCUGCAGACCAUGAUAGACAUCCCCAAGAUGCUGCUAUGGCCAACCGUCCUCGGUGGCGGCAAGCGCCCUGUAUCCUUGUUCGCUCUGAUUGCCGUACCUCCUGAGCAGCACGACAUCGUCGGUCAAUGGAUGGUAGAAGGAAGACUCAGGACUGUCAUCGAAGACGAGAACCGCUUUGAAUUGACAGAUAUACAGAAAGCGUUUCGGAAACUGCAAGGUGGUCGAACACGAGGCAAGAUUUCGAUACAGGUCAAUGAGGAUGGAAGGUAG